AUGUCUGCAGAACGAACAACUGUUCCUACGGGGAUUCCCGAUACAGAUCUCUUCACCAUAGAAGCAAUCCCGUCCAAAGGCAAAGGUCUUGUAGCUUCCAAAGCCAUACCCGCCGGAACAUUGCUCAUUAGUGAACCUCCACUCUUUACAACCGCCUCUCUCACCAAUGCAGAAACCAUUGAAAAGGACCUCCAGGCCAUUGUGCGCUCUCUUCCCAGGGAUGGACAAAAGGCCUUUCUCUUCCUGCACAACAACUUCCCGGGCCAGCCCAACCCCUUCUCCAACAUUAUCCGGUCCAACGGGUAUCCCCUGGGCCCCAACAGCGAGGUGGGCGGCAUCUUUCCCUUGAUCGCACGCAUGAACCACUCGUGCCGACCCAACGCCCAGCAUCACUGGAACCCCAAGCUGGGCGAGCAGACCGUGUACGCGGUGCGGGACGUGGCGGCCGGCGAGGAGCUGACGCUAUCGUACCACAACGGCGGGCCCUCGACGGAGCGGAAAGCGGCGCUCAAGCAGUUCUUUGGCUUUGACUGCGCGUGCGAGCUGUGCUCGCAGCCGGCCGAGAAGCUGCGCAAGAGCGACAAGCGGCUGCGCGACGCCGCCCGCCUCGACGAGUCCAUUGGUGAUGCCAAGCGUGUUCGUCUCCAGCCCGCCGACGCCCUCAAGGACUGUAAAGAGCUGCUGCGCAUCUACGAGGCCGAAGGGGUCCGCGAUACGCGGCUGCCGCGCCUGUACUACGAUGCUUUCCAGAUCUGCGCCAUGCACUCGGACGCUGCGCGGGCAAGCGUCUUUGCCGAGAGUGCGCGGCGGGUGAGGGAGUUGAGCGAGGGACCCGACAGCGAGGAGGCGGCGACCAUGAAGGGCUUGGAGGAGGCGCCCGAAAAGUUUGAGAACUGGGGCUCAACUAAGAACUGGUUAAGCAAGGUAUCGGAUCGGGAGACAAAGUACAAGGAUAUUGAGUGUCCUGUCAGCGUCAAGACUACCGUAAUUUGGGAAGCAUGA